UCAUCCAAAAAACGUCACAUACAGCAGGCGAUAUUAUUGUAAUACGAUGGCGGAAAGAGACUGUUCCUCGUUCGUCAAAUGCGAUUGCGGGAUAUUUUUCGCAACUCUGCAGGCUGCAAAGCAGCACAAAUGUAUUAAAGAUAUGGCCGACGAAACCGCGAAGAAGCUAAAGUCUCCAGACUGGCCCGAACCAGCCGUCAUUACGUUCAAUGCACUGGUUCGGGACAGCUGGGAUUUGCUUUUUGGCGAGUACAAAGGCACGGGGGCCGACAAAGUUUCUGUGGUGCGGCGUCGAAUCUGGGACACCAUUGCACAAAGAAUAUCGGUCGAAUUUGGAGUACAUAGAACGUGGGAGCAGUGCAGAAAGAAAUAUCAGAAUGCCAAAACUAGAUAUGUGCAUAAAGUGGGUCAACUACGGCACCCUCCGACCGGUGGCGGAUCUGCCCCUACCCUAACCUCGGCCGAGGAGAUUAUUGCCGCCACCAUGGAAGGCCAUCCCGUGGUUGAAGGAAUUGUUGGCGGGAUUGAUUCAGAUGUUCAAGUUGUGCCAUCAGAGUUGGCAACUUCAUUAACAGGCAUUAACGCAGAAAGUCGUCGAACCGAAGAACAAAUGACCGUGGAUACACAACUGGCGAACAAAAACGAUUUGGAAAACGACGGUAAAGAACAUGGAGAAAAGGAAGGACGCACUGAACCAGUCGAACGUGGACUGAAAAGAAAGGAAUCAUUCUCAAAGAAGUCGGACAAGAGGCGCACCAUAACUGAGAGCAGCAUCGACUGCCUAACGUCUGAAGAUCUGCGAGUAGACAUUAAGAAAAUUAACAUAGAAAUUGAGAAACUAAAUCAUGAAAUUGAGAAAAUUAUACUGGAAAAGCAACUUGUUAAGUUAAAAAUCAAAAACGAGGAAAAUUAUGCCAUUUAUCUACAGUCUAAGACCAUGUAUUACAAUGCAAAGGUGUUAGGUAACUUAUAGAAUUCGAUUUGACUUAAGGCGUAAAAAGUUGUUUGUAAAGUUAAAAAGUUAAAAAAAAGUGUAAGGAUUUUAUUAUUAUUUAAUGAUUGCUUGACUCACGUCAUUUAUUUAU